CACUUGGUGAUCGGGGCACCUUGUGAUCCGAGUUCAACUGUCCUGGUGAGCAUAGUUGCUCCCACAUCCGGGCACGCACCACUACACGGACAGUUCACACCUCUUCCUAACAAAAAGUCAUCGCCCAAUAAGUUGUUAUCAUAAAAAUGAUGGUACUUCCAUCGCCCUCUUCCACACAAAUACACACUACAACAUUUACACUGCUCAUAUGAAAAACAGCCCAAAAAAAAAAACUCGUCAAAUUAACCCUGGUGGUGAUAAUGGUCAGUCCAAUGGUUGCGACCCUGUGUGUCUGCAGCUGCACCUAAUGUUAAAAAAAAAAAAAAUAUCUCCCAAGAUGGCCGGUGUUGUGAAAAGUAAUUCUACUUCCAAGGCAAAAAUUAAAGCAAAAGACAAGACAGACAUACCAAAACCACAAGUGAAUUUUAAAGAAAAGAUUAACAAUGAUCCUCAACCAUUUCUCCAUAAACUGAAGGAAAAGCCGUACUCCUUGAAACCCCUGUCGUUCCAAGAGCGUGACAGCCAUCCCUAUGAAUUUGAAUUGGAAAAUUUUACACCAGAUCCGAUAUUUCUGGACGUGAAAAAUGACAUACCUCUUUUGCCUCUUUCAAAAACUCCUCUGAUCAUGAUUGAUAGCACUGAAGGAUUUGAACAUCUUUUACAAGAUCUCUUGUUGCAGACAGUAAUAGCGGUAGAUCUUGAGCAUCAUGAUUCUAGAUCAUAUCAAGGGAUUACCUGUUUAAUGCAAAUUUCUACUGGCAAGUCAGACUACAUUGUUGACACUCUCAAAUUGUGGGAUCAGCUACAACCAUUAAAUCAGGUCUUCUGCAAUCCAAAAAUUCUUAAGAUAUUCCAAGCAGCUGAAAAUGAUGUUGUGUGGCUUCAACGAGAUUUUGGGAUCUAUGUUGUCAAUCUUUUUGACACAUGCCAAGCUGCCUCUUUAUUGGGGUUGAAAAGAAAAGGUUUGGCUUUCCUUCUACAGCAUUACUGCCAAAUUCGUAUCAGCAAAUCUUACCAGCGAGCUGAUUGGCGAAUCCGUCCUCUGUCUAAAGAAAUGCUAAACUACGCGCGCGGAGACACACACUACCUCAUCUACAUCUAUGAAAGACUAAAGCAGGAUCUUAACUCAGGCCAGUUUUAUGGUAAGCUUGAUGGUAGCUCCAUAAGAAAAGAAGGAAAAGAAGGAUUACUUAAGAAAUGUCACGAGCUAAAAAGAUCCAAGGCAAGUAAGACCACAGCUAAUGAUACGGGUGUAAAACGAAUGUUAGAAGUUUGGAAGAAUAGCCGAUCCAUCUGUCUGAGGCGUUAUAAGAUUCCACCAAAAGAAAAAUAUUUGAAAUCAUACAAUAAAUUGAUCGAAAAAGACAAAAAUUUCAACAGACAACAAUUAUACGCCCUACAAGAGCUGUGUGCCUGGAGAGAUCGCGUAGCGCGUGAUGAGGAUGAAAGCCCUAAUUUCGUUGUACCAAAUUACAUGCUGGUGACAAUGACUCAUCAUCUUCCAAACAAUCCACAGCAUUUGCUUCGCUGUUGCUCUUAUGCACCUUUUGUUCAGCAGCAUUUACUUCACAUACAUGGAAUCAUGUUGAAAGCAAGAGAACUUGAUAUUUCCUCCACUACUACAAAGGAAACAAGGACUACAAGCGAAACAAAAGAACAGUACAAGAAAGGCAGAAAAAGGAAGAGCACAUUUUCGUUUGCUGAAACGUCACAACGUCUAACGAAGAAGCGGGCAAUUGGAGAUGUUUCAUCAAUAGCAAAGAAGUCAGUUCUGGUCACAAAGACCCACAGGGUGGAAUUGACUAAUCUGGCUUGUGAAAAGAAAAGCCCUGCCACAACCAGGAAAGAAAAGCCCAGUCAAAGUCAAAACAUGUAGGCUUCAAUCAGCUGCCGAUUUUGUGCAACAGUUAAAUACUACCAUAGUAAGAUCAGCAACAAUCCCGGUCGAGAAGUCAUGCAAUAAAGAAAUAAUUGAUUGAUGUAAUCUUGCUCAAGGUUUUACAUUAUCGUUAACUUCCAAUUUUUCCCCCUUUUCUGGAAGGUUUUAAGUUUUCUGCGCUGAUCUUAUUGCAAUAAUCACGGAUUCCAAACCUGAACUGCCUCAACGCAUCCCUUAUUGGCGGUUGGUAUUUUUUCCAUACUUUUUCAUCUGUUACCACAACAGCAUACAAGUUGAGUAUUGUAUUUCAUACUUUAUUCGAAUAUAGUGUGCAAAUAUUUGUAUUGUAACUGAACUAAAAUCAGUACGUUGUAUGGGAACUAAAUAAAUACUACAGAUCGUCACAUC